GGCGUGUAUGUCUGUGUCUCUGAGGGAGAGAGAGCGAGAGUGAUUGAGUGUGAGUGCGGGGUAGGGUGGUGGCCGUUACGUUCGGGGCAACGGCUACGGCUACGGCGGUGGAGAAGUAAGAGAAACAACGUCCGGCGCUUCCGCCUUCGCUUAGGAGGAGGAGGAGCUGAUAGGGAAAGGAAAGUGAUUCGCCCUGGGCCUGGACUAGACCGAGUCGGGCCGGCUAGGGUCUGGGCUAUGAGCCUUUGAGGGUCGCUUGGGACGCGGAGCAAGACUCGAGAGCCAAGAGCUAUGUCUCAGCCGCCGCCGCCGCCUCCGCUGCCGCCGCCACCUCCUCCCCCAGAGGCUCCUCCGACUCCGCCGUCCCUGGCGGCGGCGGCGGCGGCUGCUCCGGGGGGGCUCUCGAAGCGGAGAGACCGGAGAAUCCUCUCCGGGAGCUGCCCGGAUCCGAAGUGCCAGGCGCGUCUGUUCUUCCCGGCCUCCGGUUCUGUCAGCAUCGAGUGUACCGAGUGCGGACAGCGGCACGAGCAGCAACAGCUGCUGGGGGUGGAGGAGGUGACCGACCCGGACGUAGUGCUGCACAACCUGCUGCGGAAUGCGCUGCUCGGGGUGACAGGGGCACCCAAGAAGAACACGGAACUGGUAAAGGUGAUGGGCCUUUCUAACUACCACUGCAAAUUGCUGUCGCCCAUAUUAGCUCGCUACGGAAUGGACAAACAGACAGGCCGGGCCAAGCUUCUCCGGGACAUGAACCAGGGCGAACUGUUCGAUUGCGCUUUACUGGGUGACCGCGCCUUCCUCAUCGAGCCAGAGCAUGUUAACACGGUGGGCUAUGGCAAGGACCGCUCCGGAAGCCUCCUGUAUUUGCAUGACACUCUUGAGGACAUCAAGCGGGCCAAUAAAAGUCAGGAAUGCCUCAUUCCAGUGCAUGUGGACGGGGAUGGACACUGCCUGGUGCAUGCUGUGUCCCGGGCUCUAGUGGGCCGGGAGCUCUUCUGGCACGCCUUGAGAGAGAAUCUUAAACAGCACUUUCAGCAGCACCUGGCCCGAUAUCAAGCUCUGUUCCAUGACUUCAUUGAUGCCGCUGAGUGGGAGGACAUUAUCAAUGAGUGUGACCCUCUGUUUGUACCACCUGAGGGUGUUCCCUUGGGUCUGAGGAACAUCCAUAUAUUUGGCCUUGCCAAUGUGUUACAUCGCCCUAUUAUUCUGUUAGAUUCACUCAGUGGCAUGAGAAGCUCUGGUGAUUAUUCAGCCACCUUUCUGCCAGGGCUCAUCCCUGCAGAGAAGUGCACUGGGAGAGAUGGUCAUUUGAACAAACCAAUCUGUAUUGCAUGGAGUAGCUCUGGUAGAAACCAUUAUAUCCCCUUGGUAGGCAUAAAAGGGGCUGCUUUGCCCAAACUGCCUAUGAAUUUACUUCCUAAAGCAUGGGGUGUGCCUCAGGACCUUAUUAAGAAGUACAUCAAACUUGAGGAGGAUGGUGGUUGUGUCAUUGGAGGAGACAGAAGUUUGCAGGAUAAAUACUUACUUAGGCUUGUUGCUGCUAUGGAAGAAGUUUUUAUGGACAAACACGGUAUCCAUCCUAGUUUGGUGGCUGAUGUCCACCAGUAUUUCUACAGGAGGACUGGGGUGAUAGGAGUUCAGCCUGAAGAAGUCACAGCAGCUGCUAAAAAAGCAGUAAUGGAUAAUCGCCUUCACAAAUGUUUGCUCUGUGGUGCCCUUUCUGAACUUCAUGUUCCUCCAGAGUGGUUGGCUCCAGGAGGGAAACUGUAUAACCUGGCAAAAAGUACUCAUGGACAGCUGAGGCCUGACAAAAAUUAUAGCUUUCCCUUGAACAAUUUGGUUUGCUCAUAUGAUUCAGUGAAAGAUGUUCUGGUACCAGACUAUGGAUUGAGUAACCUAACAGCUUGUAAUUGGUGCCAUGGCACAUCUGUGCGAAGAGUCAGAGGAGAUGGGUCUAUUGUGUAUUUGGAUGGGGACAGAACUAAUUCUAGGUCCACUGGUGGCAAAUGUGGUUGUGGAUUCAAACAUUUUUGGGACGGUAAAGAGUAUGACAAUCUACCAGAAGCUUUUCCUAUUACUUUGGAAUGGGGUGGAAGAGUGGUCAGAGAAACAGUAUAUUGGUUCCAGUAUGAAAGUGAUGCAUCUUUGAAUAGUAAUGUUUAUGAUGUUGCAAUGAAACUUGUUACCAAGCACUUUCCAGGUGAAUUUGGGAGUGAAAUUCUUGUUCAGAAAGUUGUCCACACUAUAUUGCAUCAGACUGCCAAAAAGAAUCCUGAUGAUUAUACUCCUGUAAAUAUAGAUGGUGCACAUGCCCAGAGAGUUGGAGAUGUACAAGGACAAGAAUCAGAGUCUCAGCUCCCAACUAAAAUUAUUCUUACUGGACAGAAAACAAAAACUUUGCACAAGGAGGAGUUAAACAUGAGUAAAACGGAAAGAACUAUUCAACAGAAUAUUACGGAACAGGCUGCUGUAAUGCAGAAACGGAAAACAGAGAAGUUAAAACAAGAACAAAAAGGACAACCCAGGACUGUUUCCCCCAGUACCAUUCGUGAUGGUCCAUCCUCUGCACCUGCCACCCCUACCAAGGCUCCCUAUUCACCAACAACUUCUAAGGAGAAGAAGAUCCGUAUAACAACUAAUGAUGGACGACAGUCCAUGGUUACACUUAAGUCUUCAACAACCUUUUUUGAACUUCAGGAAAGCAUAGCCAGAGAAUUUAACAUUCCUCCAUAUUUACAGUGUAUUCGGUAUGGCUUUCCCCCUAAAGAGUUAAUGCCACCGCAGGCUGGAAUGGAAAAGGAGCCAGUUCCUUUACAGCAUGGUGACAGAAUUACAAUAGAGAUUCUAAAAAGUAAAGCUGAAGCGGGUCAGUCUGCUGCAGCCCACUCAGCCCACACUGUGAAACAAGAAGAGGGUGCUGUCACUGGUAAACUGUCAUCUAAGGAACUUCAGGAGCAAGCUGACAAAGAAAUGUACUCCUUGUGUCUUUUAGCAACGUUAAUGGGAGAAGAUGUAUGGUCUUAUGCAAAGGGGCUUCCUCACAUGUUCCAGCAGGGUGGUGUAUUCUACAAUAUUAUGAAGAAAACCAUGGGUAUGGCUGAUGGCAAGCAUUGUACUUUUCCACACCUGCCUGGCAAAACCUUUGUCUAUAAUGCUUCUGAAGAUAGACUGGAGUUGUGUGUGGAUGCUGCAGGACAUUUCCCCAUCGGUCCUGAUGUUGAAGAUUUAGUUAAAGAGGCUGUAAGUCAGGUUCGAGCAGAGGCUACUACAAGAAGUAGGGAAUCAAGUCCCUCACAUGGGUUAUUGAAACUAGGUAGUGGUGGAGUAGUGAAAAAGAAGUCCGAGCAGCUUCACAAUGUAACUGCCUUUCAGGGAAAAGGGCAUUCUCUAGGAACUGCCUCCAGUGCCCCACACCUUGAUCCAAGAGCUAGGGAAGCUCCAGUCGGAAGGAAGCAUACCCCAGGGACAGACUUCAGUAGUAGUUCCAUUAAAACAGAGCCUUCUGUAUUCACAGCUGCUCCUAGUAACAGUGAGCUUAUUCGAAUAGCUCCUGGGGUAGUUACAAUGAGAGACAGCAGGCAGCUUGAUCCGGAUGUGGUUGAGGCCCAGCGAAAAAAGUUGCAGGAAAUGGUUUCUUCUAUUCAGGCAUCGAUGGACAAGCACUUACGGGAUCAAAGUACAGAGCAGUCACCAUCUGAUCUUCCUCAAAGGAAAGUAGAAGUUAUGAGUUCUUCUGUGAAGUCUGGGGGUCUUCAGACUGGCUUACCCGAAUCUUUUUCUCUAACUAGUGGCACUGAAAAUUUGAGUACGGAAACAACUGAUAGCUCUGUGGCAGAGGCACUGGGAGCAACAUUUGCCACAAGGUCGAAAGCACAAAAGGGAAGUUCCGUGGAGGAGCCUGAAGAGAUGGAUAGUCAGGAUGCUGAGAUGACAAACACAACUGAGCCAAUGGAUCACUCUUGAUUUACUUAGAGGCUAAUAAAGGCAGGAUGUUUAUUGUGAAUAUGUAAUUUUUGUUGGCUGGGCCACAUAACUUGAUUAGUCAUUAAAAAUCUUGUACGUAUAUAAUUCAAAGAUUUAUCUUGUUAUUCAGUGCAUGAUAGCAAGUGUGUGAUUGGCAAUAGCUUUUAAUAUACUGCUGCCCAGGCUGGCUCUGAAUUCCUGUAAAUUAGUUAUUAGAUCUGCUGAGAUGACUUUCUUCCAUAUAUGUGGUUCAUUGGAAGUUCUUUGUAAUUUUAAUUCCAUGAAAGUCUUAAUGUUUCAAAUAUGAAAAUUCUCUUGCUAAAUAUGUUUGAUUUCUGAGAAGACUACAACUGGGGGGAAAUAAGAUUUUGCUAAUGUUGAUGUCAUCAAGGUAACCAUUCCACAUAUUUAUUAGUGUGUCAAAGGAUUUAUGUAAAUUUGAAGGUUAUCUGAAUGAAACUGUACCUUGAAAUUCAUAAAAGGAUAUAUUAGACACUGGGAUCCUGACAUUUCUGUGAACGUAAACACAUUUACAGAGGUAUGUAUUCUUGGUGAAAAUAUCUUGAGAAUGGAGUGUAAUGAUAUAACAUUUUGCUGAUUUGAGCAAAGUUAGGAGAAAAUAUCUAUUCUAGAAUGAUAAAGUCAAUGUGAUUCAGUAAUGUUGCUGUCCAAGCCAACACAGCCAAUUGUGUGCUCUGUUGUUAAUAAUAUUUACCAUUAUUUUGAAUCCUGGCCUAGUCAAUUACCACCAAUUUUUUGUUCUUUAAUCUUGCAGAAAAGUUGAUUGCAAAGUGAAGUAGAAAAUAAUAAAAAUAAUGGUAGCAGCACAGUAGUUAAUCUCUAAUUUUCAGAGUUUUGUCAGAUUCACAGAGAAUUUAUAAAUAAGAAUUUAUCUUUAUGAAUGAGUUACAUUGUUCUACGAUUUUGAUCAGUGGUAUUUAAGCUUCUAUAUGCUGAGUGUCUUUGAGCCCCUUUGAACCAAAAAAUCGUUUCCUUUUUUAGAAUUUAUAAGAUUUUCUUCAUUUGUUGGCUUCACUUGGAUUUGGAUGCAAAUCUUACUGCAUCAUACCCUGGUCAACUGGGCAUUUGCUGAAAUAGUGUAUUCAUCAAAUCUUUAGUGCCAGUUUCCUCAAGAAGCAGCUUUCAUGCUUAUUCCUUAAAGACAAAGAAUGCUUAUCUUGAGAUUGGUAUUGCACUAUUUUAUCCUAUUCUGCAAAUCUAUAUUCUGAAAUGUACACUUUAAUCCAUCUUUUCCCUCUGUUCACUAAAAUUAAGUGGAAUCUGAAUGGAUGAAAGACAAAAUGUAUGUUAAUACAGUCUCUUAUCUAGAGCA